AUGGAAGAUCCAAUCGCCAAGGGAUGGCGACUCUUGAAGGCCAACGUAUCCCUGAAUACAAAUUCACUCAGUCGUGAGGCAGACAUCGAAAAGUGGGAGGCCCACCCAACAGAAACAAUCGUUGCCGCACAGUUACUUGAAUUGAUUGAGAGAGAAAGCGCCCGGAGAUUCGUUGUGCAUUGUGGUCAAAAGAGCGGCCUUGUGGUGACACUGGCUAACGAAUCUUCUACUUGGCAGCUUUGGGUCUUCAAUCCAGAUAUGCGAUACUCGAACUCCAGCGCAGGCCGUAGUAUCAUGGCUCAGCAAGCGAUGAAGGUAUUCUACCAAGAGUCUCCCGAUGUGGAUGAGCUGCUCCAUCCGAAAAUUGGGAAUCCCUCGCCGUUGUCGGUGGAAGAGUUGGAGUUACCCUCUAUGAUAUUCGAAGCAAUGUCGCAAGCGUUGACUGGGAGCAAUGAAAUGCUCCCGCUCUCUGCUAGGAGGUUUAACGAGUGGAAUGUUGGGCUUUUGAGUCGUUAUAGGCGCGAGAAAGUAUGA